AUGAACUGCUGUCUUAGGUUCUAUGCACAUUCCCGUGUCAAAAUAAGCGAGACUACUCGGCCGCAAGUCCGUCCGCUCGCUGGCCCAACAACCAGCCACGCCGAGCGACACUGCAUUUCCAUUUAUCCCUGCGUCGACGUGGUUACUCGGGGUGCCAGUGUGCCACGACUGCCACUCAGUGCCACACACGAAGAAGCAAGUCUGUGGUUGGAAUCGCUGUGCCUUCCGAGUGCCUCCGAGACUGGACGGGCUGGUGAGAUGUCAAUCCUGCCUGCUCGCGAGAUGGCCGAAGAAGGAGGGGUGGAGGCAAGGAACUGCAAAUACACGGAGUGAAAGUGGUUCAGAUCCUGUAUGUUAAUGCCCUCCCACACUGGCCUGGGCUCUCCCCCUUUUUCUAUACCUCUUCUUGCUUUAAAGCUCAUUGCCUAGGGGCGCGGAAGCCAUCGCUCAGCUUUGAAGUCGCGCGAUGCCACACGCAAACAUGGACACUUGUUUGUGCCGGUUAUCUAUUAAUCCCGUGAUUGUGCUCAUAAAUAUCUCAAUCACUGUGUGAAUGCAUUGGACAUGCGUGGGUCUGUGUAUGUUUGUGAGAGAGAAAGAGA